AAGCAACAUCCAGCAGCAGACUAAGAGCACUGUCAUGGCAGACAAGAAGAGCACAAGACCCGAAGAGAAACCACAGCCCGAAACAUUGUACGCGGGCAGGGGGUCAAGGCAAAUGGGUAAGAGAGAAGACUCAACGGAGCCAUCAACACCGCUCCUACCCCCGACACCCGAAGAGAAAUUCCUGAAGAGACAAGCACCGCGAGAGCCAAAGCCUGCUCCCAAGAACGAUGAUGAGCACCUAGCGUCAACGCUGACACGGCCACGAGUCGGCUCCAGCCGAGUGGGCAGCUCCGUGCUGAUAGGGGCUCCCGAUGAACUGCUCGAGGCAUACGAGCAGGCGGUGCUGGAGGCCGAGGCCGAGGAGGAGAGCCAGCAGAGCGAGAACGAGCGUCGUGAAUCGCAGCGACGCGGCGGCGUCCGGAAGCUCAGUCCACUCUCGACGCUCGAAGCCGUGCGUGACGGCCUCCUAUUCAUAUUCGGCAAAUUCCUAAGACUCGUACGGCGCCUCGACAUGCAUGGAGGCGGAACCGGGAACAACAUCAACUUUGUGGAGGGGCUCAUCGACUUCCUGGCGGGCUCUUUGGGCGGGGCCGCACAGGUGUACGUCUCGCAGCCGCUGGACACUGUCAAGGUGAAGCUGCAGACCUUCCCGGAGGCCUACAAAGGAAUGUUCGACUGUUUCGUGAGCACGUAUCGAAAGGAUGGUAUAUUCCGGGGCCUCUAUGCGGGCUCCCUGCCCGCCGUGGUGGCCAAUGUGGCCGAGAAUUCGGUGCUCUUUGCCGCCUACGGAGGAUGCCAGAAGUUUGUCGCUUUCAUGGUCAACAAGGAGACAACCAGCCAGCUGACGACCACCCAAAAUGCCUGUGCCGGCUCCCUGGCCGCCUGCUUCUCCACGCUUACCCUCUGCCCCACGGAGCUGAUCAAAUGCAAGCUCCAGGCCCUGCGCGAAAUGAAGCACUAUAUUGAGCCCAGUCAUCCGCAAGAUAUGCGUACGCCCUGGUCCCUCACGCGGUACAUCUGGCGCACGGAAGCAAUCAAGCAAUUCCUCUCCAUAAUUCAGAAUUCAACUCCGAUGUUCCAGGGAGUCUGCAACAUCUCGCCCAGCGCCUCGACGCCAACCAAUCCGCAGAGCAACCAGAACCAGAACGAUGUGUACGUGGAUGCGGGCAGCACACCUCGACCGCAGCAUCCCGACUCCGAUGGCUUCUCUUCGUCGCACCAUCGCACGCCGCCAUCGCCGCCGCCCAUCUCUCCGGGCCGGGACUACGGUGGCAUGUUCGGCUCUGGGAAUGGUGCUGGUGGUCCAGGGUCCAAUAGCACGCCAGCGGGCAGCUCCAGUGCUGGCGGAGGCGGUGGUGGCGGUGGAGCCGGCGGUGGGGCCAACAGCAUGUCAGCCUCGUCCCCGCUGCCUGCCCUGCAGCCACAGCGACGAAAUGCGUCGAGCGUGGGCAGCACAUAUCCGGAGCACGAGCUCAUCUCGCCGGCCUCCUCCCCGAGCAUUCCGCGCUACAACUUCAACGGGGACAUGAUGCGCCACAAGCGGGCGGUGCAGGAGCAGGACCAGCACGAGCAACGCCAGCGGCACAACCUCUCGCGUCACAAUCAAAUGUCCAGCGACGAGGAGAACAGCAUCAUGCCGCAGAACAGCAGCGCGGGCCAGGAUAUGCGCAUGAAGUUCCCCCAGUCGCAGAUUGAUCUCAUGUACUCCAAGUACGAGAGCAUGGCCAGCAACCUGAAGUACAACAGCCAGGAGCUCGACUCGCCGGCGGAGUAUCGCCAGAGCAGCAACAGCAAUGCGGCGAGUGCAGCGGCGGCUGCUGCCGCGGCGGCGAGUGCGGCCAACGAUCUGUCCGAUCUGCAGGGCCUGGACAUGAGCUCGAGAUCGAAUGCGUCGAGCAACUAUCACCACAACUUCCAGCUGCCAAGCAGUCGCUACCAUCACCACAUCUACGACAUUCUGUCGGACAGGGAGCAGAGCCAGCAGGCGCAAGCCCAGGCGCAGGCACAGCAGGCAACGGGUGCAUCGGUGGUGCACCAGCAGGAGCACGGACACGGCAGCCAGCUGGCCAUGCAGCAACACCAGUCGGCGGCGGCCAUGCACAACAUGCUGAGCGAGCAGCUGGGCGAGCAGGAGCACGACCAGACCACCUCCGUGGACCUGAGCCGCACGGCCAACUAUGUGGUGUCGUCGCCGCCACAGCUGCCCUACAACCAUCCGCAUCACGACAUGCUGCGAAUGGCCUCGCUGGACCUCACACCGAACACGGCCAACAUGGCCGUGGGCAACAAUCGGUCGUUCCUCUCCUCGCAGAUGCAGCACCAGAGCCGCGACAGUCUCGAGCAUCACCGCCUGCUCUCUACGGUGGAGCAGCACCGAAUUCUGGCCGCCUCAAAUGCCGCCGACCAGCACCGCCUGCUGGUCGACCCCACCGCCCAUCUGCUGAUGGAACAGAACAAUCGCCUGCUGGGCACAGCAGACCAGUCCCGCCUCCUGGGCGAGUCGGCGGCGGCAGUGGCCCAGAAUCGGCACAUGGCCCGCAGCUUUGGGGCCUACCACCAGGUGGCAUCGAGCAACUACCAUCCGGGCGUACGACCGCCGCCUGUGCUGCCGUCGGCCAAUCAUCAUGCCUCGAAUCCGUCUAACUAUCACCCGUUCCCCGCCUACUACUAAAGACGUGACGGAGGGGGCGGGUAGACUAUGACUAUAUCCUGGGGCCGUGACAAGAGUGCAAUACCUAGAAGGGAUCUGUAGGAGCGGAAGCGGAAGCGGGAGUGGGAGUGGGAGCUCCAUUUCACGUAGUUCAAUUUGAAGCGCAACAAUAACUUUAGUUCCUCCAUAUAUUCCAUAUUCUCCUCCGAAGAACACCAUGCCCAUCAUCCGUUCGAGCUCCGAUUUCAAAGUGUGCCAAUCUUUUUAAGUGUUUAGAUCUGUUUAGAAUUGUGUGUGUUUCCCCUAUCUGAUUUUAACACACACACAAACACACCCACAAAUAUGUAUAGUUGUAUAGGAAGCAUAAAAUAAAUAUUAUAAAUAUAUAUAAAUAUAGUAUGUAUGGUAAACAUAAAUCGAAAAUGGAAAAAGCGAAUGGAAACCAUAUGAAAGGGAAACCUGCAGUGAGAAUUUUUUUAAAAGCAAAUUUCAUGCUGAGUUUGUAUAGGAACAAAAAGAAAAGAUGACAAAAGAAAAAGACGAUAAAAGUGCUAAACAUGCUAAAUAAUAAUAGUAAUAAUAACGAUAAUGAAUAAUAUUUUUACACCAUGACAAACGAGUAAAGUAAAGCGUAUUAACGAGUACAAAGUGUGGGCAGAGUUUCUCCUCUCUAGAUUCGGCAAGAGGACCUUUAUUACCCUCAUUAUGCCCUGCAAACUCAGCGAAUGAAUAUAUAUAUAUAUAUGGAUAGUGUAUAGACAUACCGAUACAUGACCGAUCAGGAACCUAGCUCAAGCAUCAUCCCACACUCAAUGGCAUGUGCUCGAAGAUCGCAAUUGGCGUCUCGAAAACCUAACGAGUGUGUGUGUCUCUCUAUUUUUUUUUUGUUAUUGUUUUUUUUACUAUUAUAUUAUAAAUAUUGUGGAUAAUGGCGUUUCAGCGAUUCUAGUCAGACAAUGGGGGCUACAUGGCUAUAUAUACAAACAUAUAUAUAUAUAUA